AGCCAUUCUGGAAAAUAAUUAGUUUUAGUUUAGUUUGGUUAAUGUAACAGUAACUAUAAGAGUCUUAAACGCGAAGUCCCGAACAGGUAGAGAGAUGUCUGUAGCAAAAGGAGUGACCUUUACGUCUGUGAAGUGAAAUCAUUGUUUUAAAUUGACCAGCAGUUUUCAUCAGGUCGUUUAUUUUUCCUUUUCCCAUAAUGAGGUUGUUUACAUUUCUCCUGAAAAGCACCACACCAAAGAUCGAAUAUUAUUCAAGAUUUUCACCUUCGCCGCUGUCAAUCAAACAAUUUCUGGAAUUUGGAAGGGACAAUGCCUGCGAAAAGACCUCAUACAUGUUUUUGCGGAAGGAGUUGCCCGUGCGUUUGGCGAAUACCAUGAGAGAGGUCAAUCUGUUACCCGACAAACUGCUGAGCCAACCCUCAGUCAAACUGGUGCAGAAGUGGUACAUGCAGAGUUUUCUGGAAUUACUAGAGUAUGAGAACAGAAGCCCUGAGGAUCCACACACCCUGAAUGACUUCUUGGAAAUUCUGAUUGAAAUACGGAACCGGCACAAUGAUGUUGUCCCAACCAUGGCGCAGGGGGUAAUCGAGUAUAAGGAGAAGUUUGGCUUCGACCCGUUUGUCAGCACAAACAUUCAGUACUUCCUGGACCGCUUCUACACCAACCGGAUCUCUUUCCGCAUGCUCAUCAACCAGCAUACUCUGCUUUUUGGAAACGACAUAAACCCAGCUCAUCCCAAACACAUCGGCAGUAUUGACCCCACGUGCAAUGUUGCAGAUGUGGUGAAUGAUGCUUAUGAGACCGCUAAAAUGCUGUGCGAACAGUACUAUCUGGCUGCUCCAAAGUUGGAAGUAGAAGAAUUCAACGGUACUUUUCCACGAAUCCCAUCAACAAAAGCUCCCAAGAAGCCCAUCCAAGCUGUUUAUGUUCCCUCUCACUUAUUCCACAUGCUGUUUGAGUUGUUUAAGAAUUCCAUGAGGGCCACGGUGGAGCUUCAUGAGGGCAGUAACGAAGGCCUUCCUCCAGUCAAGGCCAAAGUCACUCUGGGGAAGGAGGACCUGUCAAUCAAGAUCAGUGACCGGGGCGGAGGCGUACCACUGAGGAAGAUCGAUCGGCUCUUUAAUUACACGUACUCCACAGCCCCCACUCCCAGCCGGGACUCCUCCCGCGUACCACUGGCAGGUUUUGGACACGGGCUGCCCAUAUCCAGACUAUAUGCGCGCUACUUUCAGGGAGACCUGAAACUCUACUCCAUGGAGGGAGUAGGAACGGAUGCUGUCAUAUACCUGAAGGCUCUCUCCAGCGAGUCAUUCGAGCGCUUGCCCGUGUUUAACAAGUCCGCGUGGCGACACUACCAAGCUGGCCCUGGAGCAGACGACUGGAGCAACCCCAGCAAAGAACCGCGAGACGCCUCCAAGUACAAGGCCAAAAGAUAACCAUGCUCGUCUCUCCUGGGCGCCCGCCUCCAUUGCACCAGAGCCCCCCUGUUCUUUUCUCUUUGGUCUAGGUUUUAGUGGCUGUUGCAAACCUGCAUCAAUGCCAAGUGUUCUGUGGUUGUCAGCAUUCUCAGAACAAAGCUGUUGAUAUCCCUUUCUCGACGCAGUCAUCGUGUGUCUGCUCCUUUACCCUCCUGUCUAGCAUGAGACAGUGGUCACAGUGCCCCCUUGUGUUUGUUCUCCAUGGAGGUUCAGAGCAGAGGGUGCAACUCUGUGCCUCCAGGAAAAAAAAAAAAAAGAAAAAAAAAAGAGGUUUGGAUUCUCUAAUUAUAGUGCCACAUAAUAGGGCCCCUGUUUAACUCCCUCAAAGAGCCAGAGAAAGUGGGUUGGAGUUUCAGCUGAUCGAGACAAAGAGCGCUUCAUCUUCUGCUUUUGGGAGAAAUCGGAGGCAAUGGAGGGUCAGUCAGCUGUUGCCUUGGCUACCACAGUUUUGCAAAUGAGCAUAGCUAACAAAAUGGAGAACUGUAGAGGUAAAGUGAGGAGAAAGGAGGAAAAAAAAAAAUCUAAAUGUUUCGUUUCAAGGUACAAUGGGAACAAAUUUCACAUACAGAAAAGCACUUAUAUAUUUAUGAAGGAUUCAUAGUAGUAAAAACAAUAUUUAUUUGAUAUGUUUGUUAAUGUCAGUCUUUAAAGUGUUAAAGAACUAAGGGAUAUACAAAUAAUUAGCAUAUGACUGCCAUUAAGGGGGAAAAAAGGGGAGAUAGUUAAUUGUAAGCGAGGGGUAGUGUUGGCCCAUACAUAAAAAUGCAUCCCCGUUUUAGUUAACACAUCAGCAAUAUUGAGCUUCCUGCUACUGUAUGAAUGAUGAUUUGAAGACAUGUAAACAAAGGGACCAGCAAAAAAAAAAAAAAAAGCUUCCACCAUAACAGCCUUACACCUACAUGACAAGACAUGCUGUUUUUUUUUUCUUUUUCUUUUUCUUUUUCUUUUUUUUUUUUUUUUUGUUUGUGAAGUAAACAUUUCCUCACCUUUCAGUUCAAACCCGUGGCUGCUCUGGAAAAAGACAGGGAACAUGUUUGUAGCCGUAUAGAAGUCAGAGAUGUAACCUAUUUACAGUUAAGUUUGGGCCUCUCUCUGAUUGAGUUUCAUGACACUUUUGGGAUUGAUUAGCCAGACUUGGUAGCACUGUACUGCUGUUUAACAGUGGUUAUAAGUCUUUCCAAAGUUUUAGUCAGUAUAGAAAUAUGACACCCUACACUUCUGCUGAAUAGUGAAAAUGAAUGUCAACGGACGAAAGAGAAAACGCAGACUGUUAUUCUUCUGGAACAAGAUGUUUGCAAGUAAUAGAGCAUAACACUCCACUUGAACAUGAACUUACUGUAAAGGAGAUACAGAGACAGAAGGAACAGGUUCAACGCAGGUUUAUACAAAAUUAGGAUUUUUACUAUUCUGUUGCGUUGUCAGGAAUGUAGAAUUAUUUGUAGUCUGAACAGGUUGUUACUUUUUUUUCUACUCUUUCAUUUUUAUAAUUCAUAUUUUCAGCCUUUUAUAUGUUAAGAAGUGGAUCAUUAGUCACAUACUCCCUACUGUGUCCCCUUUCCUAAAGGACUCUGUUUUGAAACUAUACGCACAGUUUUGUUUGGUUUUGUUUGUUUUUACCUCUCAACUUCAUUCCUGUAAUGAAAAAUGACUGCUAUUUUGAGAAGUACGAUACUUCAUAUUGUUGUUUGGUUUGGGUUUUUAUUUCACUGUCGGUUUCUUGAAAUGGCAAUCAAGAAAGAGUCAAUAUUUAUUGAUCAGCGCAAAAUCAAACCUUUGUGAGCAUCCUCAGUGCAUGCCGUCGUAACCCAUGCGUACCGACCCUUCACACAAAUCUCAUGGAAGUCCUCUGGUAAAGAUCAGAGAAUUAUUUCAACAUUCAGUUCGUUUUUGUAGAAGGGAGCACUCGCUUUGGUUUUUUCGAUGACAUAUGGAAUUGAAACUGUGGCAUUAGGGAUUUUUGUUACUGAACAGCCUUUCGUUUGCUCAUAGGGAAGAUGUCAGUGUCAGUUUCAAACUUUCUCUUAAUCUGAAAAUCUGGUAGAUUACACAAUUUGUUUAGAAAACUG